CGUUUGGGGCCGCCGGGUGUCAGAAGUAGAGGGAGACCCAGCCACUUGGUCCUCGCAACAGGGCUCUAACCGUGUAAGUUACACGAUACUGGGGCGUGGGGGGAACCCGAGGAACCCGCGUCCCGGUCUUCCCAUUUUCCAGGAUUUUUCUCCCAGACUCGGGGCCACGACCGCCACUGCCAAUACUUCGCAGUUUUUUGUUCUGUUUCGUUUUUUACUUUCUCGGACUUAAAUGGACAUGUCUUGACGGAGGGAACUGUGUUCCUUCUCCAAGGCAGGGAUUCAACCCCCGACUUCGCGCCCUGUCAGGCGAAACCUCAGAGCAGCUCGUCCACCGCAGAAGAACCACUUCAGAGUUUUACGCGCCCCACCCCCCCGCAUGCCCCCGCACCCUGCACCCCACUCCGGGCUGGGAAGGCCGUCCCGUUACUCGCGGGCUUGCUAUCUGAUGCAGGGAUGGAAAGUCACAGCUCACCGGCUGGAGUGACCCAAGGGGAGAUGCCUGGUCCCCGCCUCGCACACUCGGCAGCCUCGGCCUGCGGGUCUGCACAUUGAGGUGCAGAGGACUCUCCAGCUGUUCCGGAACCGGCGUGCCACUACCCGGAGCGUAGCCUAGUGCACCCGCUUUGGGGCCGGCUGCUACCUGGAGGGCAGGGCAGGGCCGGGCCGUCCCUGCUCACACCCCUUGCGGUAGGAUGGAAGGAUCCGGUGCUGCGGCAUAGCGGCGGGAAGAGCGCGAGACCUGCGUUUCCAGUCACUGUUCGGGCAGACCUUAUCUCCCGGGCGGCCCGAGAGGCCCUGGGAGAACCAAAUCAGACUCGCUCUUCGGAGAGGAGCUUCGGAGCGACGUCCCCAGCGGGACCUAGACGCAGUCAGGGUGUCGGGAGUGUGGGAAGAGAAGAAAGGGGAAGCCUGGGGCUGGGUGUGCGCGCGUGGGAGCGCGCCUCGGAGCGCCCCGCACUCUUCAGUCCUGGGGGCGCUUGGAAGAGAGAGUGGUAGCCGCGGGGAAUCGAAGGGAGCAAGAGAAAACCUCUCAAAGUGACGCCCCAAACAGAUCCGGAUUUCGUAUUCAAGCUAAAGACUGUUAGAAAUUGGAAGUCCUCAGCCUCCUCUGCACAACUCCCCCCGCCCCCGCCCCGAAGCCCGGGGCGGUUUGCUGGCUGCCUGCUUCCACGCCCCCGGUUUGGGAGGUCGCGGGCCGGCGGACGUCCCGUCGGCCACCGGCUUCCUUCUGGUAACCCGCCGGCGCGCAUGAGGCCGCUACCCCCGCCGCAGGCGCUUGCGCCCCCCUCGCGGUGCCCGUGGUGAUGCCAUGCCCCGCCACCACGCGGGAGGAGAGGAGGGCGGCGCCGCCGGGCUCUGGGUGAAGAGCGGUGCGGCGGCGGCGGGUGGGGGGCGCUUGGGCAGCGGCAUGAAGGAUGUGGAGUCGGGUCGGGGCAGGGUGCUGCUGAACUCGGCGGCCGCCAGGGGCGACGGCCUGCUGCUGCUGGGCACCCGCACGGCCGCGCUCGGUGGAGGCGGCGGCGGCCUGAGGGAGAGCCGCCGGGGCAAGCAAGGGGCCCGAAUGAGCCUGUUGGGGAAGCCGCUCUCGUACACAAGUAGCCAGAGCUGCCGGCGCAACGUCAAGUACCGGCGGGUGCAGAACUAUCUGUACAACGUGCUGGAGAGACCCCGCGGCUGGGCGUUCAUCUACCACGCGUUUGUUUUUCUCCUUGUCUUUGGUUGCUUGAUUUUGUCAGUGUUUUCUACCAUUCCUGAGCACACAAAAUUGGCCUCAAGUUGUCUCUUGAUUCUGGAGUUCGUGAUGAUUGUCGUCUUUGGUUUGGAGUUCAUCAUUCGAAUCUGGUCUGCAGGUUGCUGCUGUCGAUAUAGAGGAUGGCAGGGAAGACUGAGGUUUGCCCGAAAGCCCUUCUGUGUUAUAGAUACCAUUGUUCUUAUCGCUUCAAUAGCAGUUGUUUCUGCAAAAACUCAGGGUAAUAUUUUUGCCACAUCUGCACUGAGAAGUCUCCGUUUCCUACAGAUCCUCCGUAUGGUGCGCAUGGACCGAAGGGGAGGCACAUGGAAAUUGCUAGGCUCUGUGGUUUAUGCUCAUAGCAAGGAAUUAAUCACAGCUUGGUACAUAGGAUUUCUGGUUCUUAUUUUUUCAUCUUUCCUUGUCUAUCUGGUGGAAAAGGAUGCCAAUAAAGAGUUUUCUACAUAUGCAGAUGCUCUCUGGUGGGGCACAAUUACAUUGACAACAAUUGGCUAUGGAGACAAAACUCCCCUAACUUGGCUGGGAAGAUUGCUUUCUGCAGGCUUUGCACUCCUUGGCAUUUCUUUCUUUGCACUACCUGCCGGCAUUCUUGGCUCAGGUUUUGCAUUAAAAGUACAAGAACAGCACCGCCAGAAACACUUUGAGAAAAGAAGGAACCCAGCUGCCAACCUCAUUCAGUGCGUUUGGCGUAGUUAUGCAGCUGAUGAGAAAUCUGUUUCCAUUGCAACCUGGAAGCCACACUUGAAGGCCUUGCACACCUGCAGCCCUACCAAGAAAGAACAAGGGGAAACAUCAAGCAGUCAGAAGCUAAGUUUUAAGGAGCGAGUGCGCAUGGCUAGCCCGAGGGGCCAGAGUAUUAAGAGCAGACAAGCCUCGGUGGGUGACCGGAGGUCCCCGAGCACUGACAUCACCGCCGAGGGCAGCCCCACCAAAGUGCAGAAGAGCUGGAGCUUCAACGACCGCACCCGCUUCCGGCCCUCGCUGCGCCUCAAAAGUUCUCAGCCCAAACCGGUGAUGGACGCUGACACAGCUCUUGGUACUGAUGAUGUAUAUGAUGAGAAAGGAUGCCAGUGUGAUGUUUCAGUAGAAGAUCUCACUCCACCACUUAAAACUGUCAUUCGAGCCAUCAGAAUUAUGAAAUUUCAUGUUGCAAAACGAAAGUUUAAAGAAACAUUACGCCCAUAUGAUGUAAAAGAUGUCAUUGAACAAUAUUCUGCUGGUCACCUGGACAUGUUGUGUAGAAUCAAAAGUCUUCAAACACGCGUUGAUCAAAUUCUUGGAAAAGGGCAAAUCACAUCAGAUAAGAAGAGCCGAGAGAAAAUAACGGCCGAACAUGAGACCACUGAUGACCUCAGUAUGCUCGGCCGGGUAGUCAAAGUUGAAAAACAGGUACAGUCCAUCGAGUCCAAACUGGACUGCCUACUAGACAUCUAUCAACAGGUCCUCCGGAAAGGCUCUGCCUCAGCCCUCACUUUGGCUUCUUUCCAGAUCCCACCUUUUGAAUGUGAACAGACAUCUGACUAUCAAAGCCCCGUGGAUAGCAAAGACCUGUCCACUUCGGCACAAAACAGUGGCUGCUUAUCCAGAUCAGCUAGUGCCAACAUCUCGCGAGGCCUGCAGUUUAUUCUGACGCCAAAUGAGUUCAGCACUCAGACUUUCUACGCGCUUAGCCCCACUAUGCACAGUCAAGCAACACAGGUGCCAAUGAGUCAAAGCGAUGGCUCCACAUUGGCGGCCACCAACAACAUUGCAAACCAUAUAAAUGUGGCACCCAAGCCAGCAGCCCCAACAACUUUACAGAUCCCACCUCCUCUCCCAGCCAUCAAACAUCUGCCCAGGCCAGAGACCCUGCAGUCAAACCCCGCAGGCUUACAGGAAAGUAUUUCUGAUGUCACCACCUGCCUUGUUGCCUCCAAGGAAAAUGUUCAGGUUGCACAAUCAAUUCUGACCAAGGACCAUUCCCUGAGGAAAAGCUUUGACAUGGGAGGAGAAACUCUAUUAUCUGUGCGCCCCAUGUUGCCGAAGGACUUGGGCAAAUCUUUGUCUGUACAAAACCUGAUCAGGUCAACAGAGGAACUGAGUAUACAGCUUUCAGGGAGUGAGUCAAGUGGCUCCAGAGGCAGCCAAGAUUUCUACCCCAAAUGGAGGGAAUCCAAAUUGUUUAUAACUGAUGAAGAGGUAGGCCCUGAAGAGACAGAGACAGACACUUUUGAUGCUAUGCCACCACCUGCCAAGGAAGCUGCUUUUGCAUCAGAAUCUCUAAGGACUGGAAGAUCACGAUCAUCUCAGAGCAUUUGUAAGGCGGGAGAAAGUACAGAUGCCCUCAGCUUGCCUCAUGUCAAACUGAAAUAGGUUCUUCAUUUCUUUCUAGGCAUAGCAAUUCCUUUAGCCAUACAUACAUGUCAUUGCAUGAACUAUUUUGAAAGCCCUUCUAAAAAGUCAAAAUUGCAAAAAAUCAGGAAGAACAUAUGAAAGGCAGUUUAUAAGCCUGUUAAUUUUCAUUGCAUGAAAAUGCAUGUUUAGGGAUGGUUGAAACUCCAAGGUACAUCAGCAUUAACCCAUUCAUUUAGUUACGUACCUUGAGUUAAAAAUUCUGAGAAACCGAACACUGCCAAUGCUAUGGAGUGUUUAUGAAUGCCAAGAUUCGGUCAUUUAGAAGAUUUAACACUAUGUUUUGAAAUUAUGGAAGUAAACACCUUCAAAUUUCAGGCAUUUCUGCUUCGUGAUUAAAUACAAAAUACAUUUCAAAAUUAGGUGGUAAUGUAUAUUUAAACACAAUGGCUACCAACAGCUGCUAGCAAGGUAUCAAGUACAACAGAAUUCGGGAAUAAUAGAAAUGGAUGCUUAUUUCAAGAUAUAUUUGCCAAUCCAUUCCUAUUCAGUCAUUUUAUUAUUAAUGUAAUUUGAAUGUCAAUUUGUGUGCUUUUGGUGAUUUAGCGCUGUGGCAAGCAAUUUUGCACAUCAUUUUCAUGUUGUUCUUUAUGAUAAGAAUGUUCAAUUAGAAAAUGUGCAAAUAACAAAAUUCAGGGCCAGGGGGGCAAAUAAACUAUUUGACAUAUCUGACUUUGUGGAGACAUAUUCCGUGAUGGCUGGAUCAACUUUGUAAGUGGUCAGCUGCUACACAAACCGAUGAACCACUGACAGGUAGAACAGCCAGUGUGACUGGGCUCAUCUCUCUGCAGUGGCACCAACCCCAGACUUGCUGAUGCUGCCCAUGUAAAGGGGAAGUGUGAGACACUAGUCUCGGUAAGCUCACAUAGAGGCAGGAUGUUGGGGAAUGGGACAUUUGAGUGGGGACUGAAAUGGGAAAAGGCUUGAAAAGAAUCCAAGAAACAACACUGGGAAGUACGCGAAGUUAAAGAAAAUGACUUCCUUCUCAAAGAGCAAUGAGAGGGAGAGAAACAAACCAAAUAAAGAAACUAGGUUUUUUUUUUUUUUAAAUGAGUAUUGCUAGGAAAUUCAACUACCUAAAACACCCCCUAUUCUCAUAUAUAAACAGAAUUUUGAAAGGUAUUUUUAAUAUGCCCCAAAUGUCUUUUGCUAUUAUGUAUUGCAUUUUCCAUAUGAAAGGCUAAAACGGAUUUUCUUUACUUUUCAUACUAUAGUGAAUAUUUCCUAUUUUCCUCAAGAAUGUUGCCCCAAAGCUGAAAUCACUGGUUCAUUUGCCUCCUAUAAGCAUUCAUAAGUCAGGUAACACUGGCAGGGUCUGCAAAUCAAAAUAUUUAAUAUAGCAGGGCACCAAAAAAAAACUAGGGAAAACAGAAUGAAAAUUGUAUUUACCAGAAAGCAAGGAGUGCUGCUAACUGCUUGUCGGAAACCAAUAUAGCUAUAUCAGACCACCAGAACUUCAGCCAAAGUAAUGGCAUUCAAAGGCAAAGAGAAAAGAGAUCAUCUCAAUUCAUCCAAACUCCAGCCAUAGGAGGACUCCAAGAAGAAACGUUUCCUUGGCAGACAUUAGUGCUGCCUCGAAAAACACUUCAACAGCCAGGGAGAAUGGAGCAGGGAUAAACUGUCCAAAGAAGGAAGGAGGCCCUGAAAUCCAAAUCUUUUCCAUCAUUGACUCGCCCCCUACUUUUCUUCUUCAGUAACUACUUUAUUGAUUUUCUGCCACAAUUUUGCUUCUGAACUUCACCAGGCCUUAACCAGCCUCCAUUCCCAAGUAAAACCACUUCUCCAUUCUACCAAAAUGUGCUUCUUAACCUUUUAACCUCCUUGCCCCUUUUGAUAAACACUGAAAUUUUAAAAGCUUCCUUUCCUCACCCUACCUGGAUUCUAACACACUCUCCUGGAAUGUGUCAUUCAGAAUCUUCUUGGCUGCUGGAGAGACACAGGAGAUAAAAUCUAAAUUUUACACUCCAGUUAAAAAGAUUUCUUCAAGCUUUUAAAACAAUGAUUUUCAUUUUCCAAGUAUAUCAUUUUAGUAAAUUAUUAAACACAAUUCUUUAUCUACCCAUAUCUCUACUCACUCUGAAGUGAGAUACACCCUCCCAAGGAGGUUGCAUACAUAAACACACACACUAAAACCAGAUAUCUGCCAUGCACUGAGCAGGCUCUUUUGAAAUAUUAAUGGAGGAUGAGGAGGUACCUUUCGGGUAGCACUGACUCUUGGAUGGGUCAAACCCCACUGGCAGCAGGAAUUCUGAAUGUAUUAGGGACCCCUCCUUAGGCCUCAGUAGACUUCACACACAGUACAAUUCAUCUAGCAAGCUGAGGACUAAAGAUUCAGAAAAAACCUAAACACAUCACUGCAGUCUUAAUCAUAGCAAAAUGUGAUAAACCAUGUUGUGAAAAACUUUAAUAUAUUGAAGCCAUGACCAUUUUGUGUCUUAUCUUUCUCUAGCACAGAAAUUCUUGGAUAUUAAGAGGUAGUUGUAUUGUGUGCAAACUGAGGGUUCUGUCUACGUGUUACCGUCUAUGGAGAUGAGAAGGGUCUCCUGUUUACACUUGGCAAAAUCCUGUCAGUCAAUCCCAAAUGGUUGUCUUGAAGCACAAUUUAGUUGAUCACUGAGUAGCCAUAUGCUUUCUCAGUUCAAGUUUGUCUGCCUUCUUCAAUAUGUAGGGUUGAUGAAGCUAAUGUUUAAUUGAAAAAUCCAUUGUAUGAGGUUAACUAAAAAAAAAAAAUGCUAUAUCUAAUCUAAAUGUUUGCAUUUUGUUCAACUGAAUCAGUAUCUAUAGAUUGCAAGUUUUGUUUAAAGGAAGCCACUUUACUAAGUUUUUAAGUCUAUCUCCUGUUCUAAGGUGCCUUUCUCACCUCCCAUUGACUCAGUGAAUCUGAAAAUUCUUCAUUUGCAAGUAAAACAAGCUUGAGAGGGGAGGAAAUCGGGCACAAAGUGACUAAUUCUCAUGUCCAUUUGUAAAGCAAAGCUAUAAGGAAUGCUGAAACCUGGGCAAUUAAAUUAAGGGAUCACAUAAUUCAAUCAAACUGAGAAAAUAUAAUUAACAUCUCCCCAGAAGUUGAUUUUUUUUUUUUUGUCUUAGAAGACCUGGUUGUGUUUUUGUAAGAGAAAUUUAAUAUAAUUAUAUGCAUUUAAGUGAGCAGUUAUAAAAGUCAUGUAUGACAAUGCAAUUGUCCAUUUCCUGAAAACAAAUGAAUCAGGAUUAUAUCCAUUUCAAGCUACCAUUAAAAUGUAAUUUCCUUUGCUCUCUUUUACUGGGAUUAUUUGUUUUAAAGUAAAACAUUAAAAAGAUGUCUAUAAA